AUGGCAAUCAUGGCUAUGAACGAACUGAGUGUGGAAUUGAUCAGUGGCAGGGUUUGUACUGUGGAAGUGUUUCCGCAAAUGAAGAUAACAGAAUUGCAGGAGAAACUAAAGGCUUUCCAUCCAUCGAAGGAUGAGCUCACGCGGAGACUCAGCGACCCAGAGAUUGUGGUGGACGGUGAAAAGCUCGUAGCGCUCGAGCACGCGAUGGUGGAAGACUCCCUUUCUGACCAUGCCAAAGUGCAGGUUGUCUUCGUCAACGCGACGGUUGAAUGUGCCAGCAAAGAGCUAUCUGGCCGCAAGGUGAAGGAUUUGCGUGGAGUACGCAUCCCUGACACUGAAACACGCAUUAGACCCUUCGCCUUUGAAGGAUGCCGAUAUUUGUUCCAUCUUGAAAUUCCGGAGUCGGUGACUGAAAUUGGGCACCAUGCCUUUCGUGACUGCAGCUCCCUACUCAGUGUGAAUAUCCCUAAGUCUGUGACCAAACUAGCAGAUUAUGCCUUUGCUGGCUGCAGCUCUUUGACAAAUUUGACCAUCCCAGAGUCAGUGACUGAACUUGGGUACCGGGCAUUGAAUGGCUGCAGCUCUUUGACAAGUCUGACCCUGCCUUCUGUGACACAUCUUGGGUAUGAUGUUUUUUCUGGCUGCAGCUCUUUGACAAAUCUGGCAAUACCUUCUGCGACCCGCAUAGGCUUUGACCUUUUUUCUGGCUGCAGCUCUUUGACGAGUUUGACCAUUCCAAACCGCGCCACUGGAUUAGGGGGUCGUGCUUUUUCUGGCUGCAGCUCAUUGACCAGUUUGACCAUCCCCAGAUCUGUGACUGAAAUACAGAAUUCGACCUUCGCUGACUGCAGCUCUCUUACAACCUUGACCAUUCCCAGUUCUGUCAGUAGCAUUGGUGCAGAUGCCUUUCGUGGCUGCAUCUCCCUGACAACUUUGACCAUUCCCAACUCGGUCACGAGAAUUGGAGACCGUGCCUUUGACGGCUGCAGCUCACUGGUGACUUUGACCAUCCCGGACUCUGUGAGGAACAUCGGAGUGGAUGCCUUUCGAGGCUGCAGUUUGUUGGAUCUUCGGCUGCCGGAUCUCAGAAAAGUGAGAAAUGGGAAGGGUGGCUACACAUAUGACGCCAGUCCUAGAAGCAUCGAAAAGGCGUGGCGGCAGAAGGCGCUGACGGAAGGGGAUGCCAUUGCGCUUUUGGGGUUGCAGCUCCACCCGGACAAGGCGGCAGAUGAUCGGAAGGCAGCUGCAGAGGCGCAUGAUCUGCUGGCAGAUCCGGAGCGCAGGGAGCUCUACGAUCGAUUUGGGAUCCAGGAUCCCAAUGUCCUUUCACAGGAUCAGUGGGACUUUGGAGAGGGCAUGGGAGGUCACCCCGAUUUUGCGGAGUUCGAGGAAAUCUUGAAGGAGUUCUUUCAGAACGGCAGAGGACCACCCGCGGAACCAGAGAGGGACCUGCAAGACGUGUGGGAAGGCAUCUUAGGCUUCACGUUGAUCUCUCUGACCGCCUGUGGCGUUGCUUGCCUCACCUGGCUGGCGCGGCGGCCGCCUUUGGCCGGUCUCCUCAGCUGGUGCUGGUGGAGGUGGCGUUUCCUGCUCUUUGACAUUGGUCUUGGCUAG